GAACAGUGUGUAGAUCUGACUGAUCGGGAACUGGUUGUGACUGGAUUAGAGCCGCGUCCGCCGGUCACUCUCGCUGUAAAAUGGCGGCGGUCGAGGCCAACAUCGAAUAUUCGAAAAGGCUCCAGAGCCGUUUGGAGCGCGUGAGCGAACUGUCUGAGUUCGCGCGGGAAUGCGGUCACUCCAUCAACGGCAUCCUGUCUGAGCUGGGCUGGAGCGGAGAGAGUCUAGGCCUCGGCAUCCCUCUUGCCGGGACAGAGCCGCCUGAUCCCAUUGUUACUUGCCCAUUCGAUGCGAAUCACAGGCUUUUAAAAUCAUCACUGGAAAAACAUACUGCAUCUUGUAGGCUGAGGAAGCUGGAAUAUUGUCAAGAAGAAGAGGCUGAAAUGUAUGAUCCCUCAUUUGCCUAUGAGAAUACUGUGGUAUCUGCAUUCAAAAUGGAUAAAGAUUUGCAAGCUCAGAUAAUUCAACAAGCAAAAAGUAAAGCUCCAUUUGGAAAAGAAGAUAAAGUGUUUUCUCAAGGUGAUUAUUCGUCAGUACCUUGUGAGGUUCCUGAGAAUCAUAAGCGUUUCAUCUGUGACCUAACUCCUGCUGAUCGCCUAGCUAUCUAUGAACAUGUUGUUCGAGAAACCAGUCAGCAAAGAACUAAAUCUUUUGAAAAUGAUGGUGAUUUAUACGUGGACCUUGCUGCAAAACUCAGCCGAGAUGAUGAACAGAAAGGACCAAAGUCACAUCUUGAAAUUCUUGCUGAAAUGAGAGAUUAUAAACGUCGUCGUCAAUCGUACAGAGCCAAGAAUGUUCAUAUAACGAAAAAAUCUUACACAGAGAUAAUUAGGGAUGUUAUUAGUGUACAUAUGGAAGAACUCUCAAGACAAUGGAAAGACCAAAAUGACUCUGGGAACUCAGAAGAGCAUGAUGACCAGAGCUAUUCAUUAUCUUUGAAAAGCUCUUCAAUUUCUCGCAGAAGAUCUGGUGAUCAGAGGUCUCCUUCAAUGGAAUCUAAAUCUACCAGAAGUAGUAAGAUUGUAGAACAUGACAGCCGGAAAAAGAACCGCAGCCAAAGUCCAUGUGACCGGAGAAGAAGUCCAGAUUGGGAAAAAGAAAGAGAUUCAAGAAAAAGAAGAGAGAAAGAACAUCAUCCUCGUGAUGAGGACCGGCAUCGAAGUUAUAAGCGGCGCAAGUGAACUGGAAAUACGGAUACAGUGAGGCUUUGGAAUCCAACUUGUAAAGGAAUUUAUAAGUACUGAGUGCAAAGACUGAUUUUUCUUUUAGAAACUGUUCUUAAAUGAAUGUCCACAGCUGAUUGCACAAAGUGAAAAUUGUUAAACAUCCAGUUGAUAUGACAGUGAACUCAUCUGACUCACCCCCUUAUUACUUUAAAUAAUGUCUGCAGUGGUGAAGUAAAAAGUAAGAACAGUUCUCACCCAGAAUGUAUUGUGAAAAUUAAUGAAUGUAUUUCAGUGGCAAAUCUGAGUAUCAUGAGUUUUAAAUUGUAUUUCCAAAUUGCUGAGUUUCAUUUAUGUGUGACAUUGUCUGAACUGUUAAAACUGUUUACAGCACAGUACUCUUGCGUAUCAAUUCAUCUCUGUAUGAUUCCCUGUAUACCAACUGUAAUUUAUUCAUAUUUUCAAGGUUAUCUUUUUUAAUUAAAUGUUUGAAUGAUAAACUGAA